AUGUCGCGAAAGGGUGUCGGCUUGGCGGCGUUCGAUCGAUCGCGGAUCACAUCUGCUCAGUAUGCGUCCCACGGAUCCAACCUCCGGUCUACCAAUGCACAGGCGCUUGAGACACAGCUCGCCGUGUUCCGGUCCGUGCUCCAGCAGUUUGCCCAGACACACGGAAAGGACAUUCGGUCAAAUCCGACGUUCCGUGCCCAGUUCGCCCGCAUGUGUACGGCGAUUGGCAUCGAUCCACUGGCUAGUAGCAACAGCGCCUCGGGGGGCUCGAUAUGGGCACAGCUUCUCGGCCGGACAGUGAACGAUUUCUACUAUGAGCUUGCUGUCCGAGUUGUCGAGGUGUGUGCGGCUACGCGGGCUGAAAAUGGGGGUCUCAUUGAAGUUCGCAAGGUGAGAGACCGCCUCGCUCAUGCACGGAUGGACGGAGCGCCUGAGGUUACAGAGGACGAUAUUCUUCGUGCCGUAGGAACUCUCGAGCCACUGGGUUCGUCCUACUCAGUCAUCAAAGUCGGCAGCAAGCCGUACAUUCGAUCGGUGCCAAGAGAGCUUAACACGGACCAAAGCGCCGUCCUUGAAGCUGUACAAAUGCUCGGCUACGUCAGCGUGUCCAUGCUGAUGAUCAACCUGAAAUGGGCUCGCGCACGAGCCCAGACGGUCAUCGACGACCUCGUGGGUGAGAGCAUGCUUUGGGUAGACAAACAGGCUGCCGAAUGGGAGUACUGGAGCCCUGGCUUUAUGCUUGAGGGCCACGAUGCUAUUCUUGAUGUGUGA